AAUAGCCCAACAGGUCCCGCCAUUCACGCGUAGGUGCAUCGGCAAAACCCUCGUUUAGCCGUCGCCCUGGCCCCUACUGAUCUCCUCGGCGGCAACCGGCAGCGGCGGGCACCAAAGGCGACGGCGCGACGCUGUGAAUCGGCGAGCGACAACGGACACGUUGUGACUAGUGACAUGGAAGACUUCCUCUUCAGCGGGGAGGCGCCGCCGGCUGCUAGCUCGAAUAGCACGCCUACUAUGGAGUUAUCGAUGAAGCUCAUGAUCGACACCAAGUCUCAGAAGGUGUGCUUUGCCGAGGCCGGAAGCGACGUCGUGGAGUUCCUCACCGGCCUCCUGUCCCUGCCGCUGGGCACCGCCCUCGACCUACUGACCAAGGAGCGCUUGGUCGGCAGCAUCAGCAACGUGCUCAACAGCGUGGAGAAGCUAGAUGCGAACUACAAGAGCAAGAUGCGGUGCCUUAGCCCGGCCGUCAACCCCGCCGCGCUCCCCCUCCUACAGCAGCUGUUGGACACACAACUCAGCAACGGUGACACCUACACAUGUGGAGCCUGUGGAUAUCUAUCGGCGAUAGAUGACAGAGUCUGCCCUAGAUGCAAAUGUUAUAUGCGCAGGGCUAUGACGGUCGCCGCCGGAAAAAACGGGACCACGCCGGUACCUGUGGGCAUGUACACUGUCGGGGAUGACCUGUCCGUGACUUCGGCCUCUUUUUUCGCGACGAUCUCGCUGUUGGGCAUCAAGGAUCUCAGCGCCUUGCAGGAAAAGACAGUGAAGAUCGGCAAGGAAGAGGCACUAGAGAUAUUUGCUGCUUCCCUCAAGUCCAAGACCGUCCUGUCGGAUGUCUUUCUACCGAAGAAGAAUGCUCGCCUCAAGAGAGAACAUCCCGAGGGAGUCAUUCACAUAUGACUUGGUGCUCCCUAUUUUAGAAUUCCAAAUACCUUCUGUUUUCGAUAUCAUAUUUAUGAGGAAGGAGUCAUAUGUGAGUGACUUGGAACUACUUUCACUUACUGCCAUAAGUUAUUCAUAGUGAAUUCCAAAUUUUACUCCCUAAGUGUCAAUUUGGGAUAUUUCUUGCCCUAUUUGAGGAGUAUAAAAAUUGUCCUAGUUUAUACCAUA